AUGGCUCGAUACGAAAUAAGAAAUCUGGUAAUAACUGUUUUACAGCAGGAACAAAUGGAAAAGGUAAAGUUGGAUCGUCUACAUGCAAAGUGUAUCCCAGUUUGCCUAGCUACCAAAAGUGGAGAUAUGGAAGAUCAAUAAGCUUCAUCGACUCUUUUGGAAUUCGACAGCAAGCAAAAGAAAUCAUUAACGUGAAAUCUGGAUUCUGUCUCAACGUCGCGGGUUAUGAUGGCACAGGUGACAUGGAUACACAUCCUUGCGAAGACGAGACAGACCAGUACUUUUUUUUUUCGUUCCAAGGGGCAGCUGGUGACUCAUGGAAGGAUACAGGUUCAGGAAUCUGGUCUUUGUCUUGAUGUGCAAAGUGGGAGCUUAGGCCCACGUUUAGCAGAUAAUGUUCGAAUAUACAAUUGUGAGGACAACCCAGAUCAAUAUUUUGGUUUUUAUGAAAAUGGGGAAAUUGUUAAUGAAAAGUCCCGAAUGUGCCUAAAUGUUGCAGGAUUCGAUGGAAGAGGCAAUAUUGAUAUGUACGCAUGUGACUAUUUCGAUGAUCAACGUUGGUACCGACCUACUCAGCUUUGCGAUGGAGACUAUUGCUCUUUCCUCAACAAAAAGUCAGGAGACUGCUUAAACGUUCAUGGAACGAAAGCCACAAGCAACUUAGACGUUUACUCCCAUAGCUGUACCGGAGAACGAGAUCAACGCUUUAAAUUUGUUACCGGAACAUGGGUUACACCAACUGCAUCAUGGUCCCUAGUAGGUUGCAAUGAGAACGGAGAAGUCACUCAAUCAAUAAGCAACACAAUCCGAUAUUCAAAAUCAAUCAGUGAAAGUACGGCAAUUGAGAUUGGCGCCGAAAUCGAAGCUGGGUACGCGUUUGGUAGUGUCACAGUCAGUACCACUUUCUCAUAUUCUCUAGCACAGGAGUGGACGGAGAGCCAAGAACAGUCGGAAGAGAUAACUUUUACUUGUCAAGUUUAUGAUAACGACCAACCGUUUUUGAGAGGAUGCAUGUGGCAGCUAAAACUUACAACUGAGGAAACGACCAACGACGAUGAAUUAGUGUGGAAGCCCCAGAUUGUGAAAUGCACAAGUGGUAAUACAGCGCCAACGUGCCCUCCAUUCACCAGAUGCCAAGAUACAGCAUGCACGAUGUGCGAAAGUACGGUGUUUGGGAAGAUGAAGCGCAAACACAAUGCUAAACGCAGCUUUUGGAAAAAGGUGUCGAAAACACUCAAGUCAUGA